AAUUGCCUGAGCUUCGCAGUAGUCCUGGCGUGAGUCCUUAUGGUACAUGUCAGGUGGCAGUGGUGGAGUGGGUGUGCAAGUUUGUAGUGGCCACGUCCCAGCGCAGCGGCCAGUCUGUCUCAUCAGCAGGUGAGGAGGACGGGAGGCGUUCAGGUCACAGCGAUGCACCAGAAGGCAGUACCAGCGACCAGGACUCAAUUACUUCUGCUUUCUAUGUCACUGAUGAGAUGGGGAUCAGGGGAGGACGCAGCGAUGGUGAGGGGGAUUCUGUUCUCCUCACGGGACAACAUCAAUUUCAUCCAUGAGCUGUUCCGCCAAGCUCUCUGCCUCAGUUUUCGCUACGCCUCUGUCAUGAAAACCGUCAUCUUCACCUACAAGGACUGGAUACAGAUGAAUACUCCUGAAAUGCCUCCCUUUAUGCUGGAGCCUCUGGAGGGUGGGGCAGGACCGAGGGAUGAGGCAGCGUCCCAGCAGGAGGGUGCCGCCCCACAGAGACGCAUGAGGAACGAGUCGUACCUUGGGGCAGUGAACAAGGACAUCCACAUCAGGGCAGGAUUGCAGAAUGUCCUGCAAGUGUUUGUGACAAGUGUGGCCAAUGUGUUCCUGCUGGAGGUGUCGCCUGACUACCCUCGCCUGCUGGACAUUCAGGUGGAGGUGUGCAAGAAUGUGGUCAACAUCUAUCGCUAUAUGGUGAUGAACACGCGCAUGGAGCAGAAGACUUGGGAACAACUUCUGGUGGUCCUACUGCAUAUCACCUCCCAGACAUUGUGCAGCCACCACACCUCACACAAGGAGGACUCUCUUGGGAGCCGGUUUGCACCAGCACUCUUCCAGACUCUGAUUGUGUCGUGGAUCAAAGCUAACCUGAACGUGUCCAUCUCUGGGGAGCUGUGGGACCAGCUGCUGCUCAACCUGUCCUCCCUCACCCACUGGGACGAGCUCAUCAAGGAGUGGGCGAAAACCCUGGACACCCUGACCCGUGUGUUGGCUCGCCACGUGUAUGGCCUAGAGCUCAACAACCUGCCGCUGGAUCGCAUGACAGGACAGCGGCUCAUCAAGAGAGGCGCCACUAAACUGAGUGGACUGGAUUCUGUGAGGAGCAGUUUUGCCCGAAGCUGGACCAGUGUGAGGAUGGAGCGGCAAGCCAACACCCCCGAGACCCACAACCCUGGACCCCCAACACUCACCAACCUGCAGGAGGAGACUCACCCAGACCACUCCAGCUCCCAUGGGAGCACCGAUCGCAGUCCAUUUGCCCGCAAGCGUCGGAGCAGCGCUGGUGGUGGCUCCCUCAAGGCCAGCGCCAGCGGCAACGGCAGCAGUCCCAAGCUGUCCCCCCACCAUCCCUCCGACGAGCGGCCCCACACUUCCCACCAGCACCACCACUCCCACCAUCAGUCCCACCACCACCACAACAGUCACCACCACCACCACCACCAUGGCCUGGGGAAGAGGCUGUCACGCUCCCUCUCUGAGUCUAACCUACCAGUAAGGAGACAGUCAGUGAGGGGACACAUGCAAGAUGAGUGUGAGAAUCAUCGCUUUCUGCAUGGCCCACGCUCCAAGUCCCUGGAGACACUGUCGCAUGAUGAUGAUUCCCGCACUCCCUCACCUUCCCCAUCAUCUGGAGUGGAGUCCUCGUCUAUGAAGGACUCACCAAUGCAGAUAGAGCUUGGAGGAGACACUACCAGCAUUGACACACUGGAGGGAGGGCUGUCGUCUGAGCAGCGUUCGGUGAUGUCUGGCGGCACAGUGCGGGGAUGGCUGCCUGACGUGGCUGUGGUGCUGUGGAGGAGACUGCUAGGACUCCUCGGUGAUCCUAAUGAUGUGGCCUCCCCUCAGAUCCAUGCACAGAUAUUCAAGUACCUCUCAGACCUCACAGAGACACUGGUCAAGCUGCGCAACAACCAAAGUAUCUCCUUGGACAACCAGAGUAGCCCAGAACCACCAGAACUCAUACCUCCCCUCACACUGGUGGCUUCGUGGUGCUUCAGGGCCCUCACACUGCCUCCUGCCUUCCGCCGAGGCAAGACCAUGGCCUACAGGCUGCUGUGCAUCAUGAUGGUGCGGCGACAUGACAUAGCGCCACCAAGGGACAUGAUCACUCACUUCUACCGAGUCCUGCAUCAAGGGCUGGUGGGGCAAGACCAGGAGGUGAUCAACACGCUGGUGGCGGAGUGUGGGCCGAGCUUCUUCUCCCUUGGUUUGCCGGGCUCCUCCAUGCUCACCCUCGACUUCAUCUUUGCCACCAACACUGUCAUCACAUCUGUGGAUCCUAAAAUUCAGUCACCCAAAAUGGAAGCCCUGAGUCUGCUUGGGUCACUGCUGCCGCUGUCAUCGCUGUACCCGUCCAUGCCUGUGCUCCAGCCCGCAGCCUCGGACCUCACCCUCAUGAACUGCUCUGAUGUCAAGGACCACCUUGUCAACGUGCUGCUCAAGAGUGGGAAGCGUGAUGGGUGGUGGCGGACAAGGUCACUUGCCCUUUCCACCCUGGCCAUUUACCUCUACCACGAGUUGGCCCAUCAGACCUUCCACACCAAAGUCAAUGAAGCCAUCAAUGUGCUUCUGGCUUCCCUCAAGCAGGCAGUACCUCCCCAGCACCACACCAAGCAUUUCAUCCAGAGUACCGAGAUUGGACGGUUGGUGGGUCAAGUUGCUGCUGACCUGCUGCUGCUGCUCUGUGAUCACUCUGAAGCCUUCCUCACACACUACCCGGACAUCCCUGCCAGGAUAAUACAGGUGUUGUGCCAGACCCUGGGGACCAUUGGGACAGACCAGAACCUCACCGGGAGUGCUGAAGGCAAACAUUUGGUGCUGUCCUGCCUCUUCUGCUUGGCUGAGUGGGUGAUGCGCAUGCCUCACCAGGUCCUGAUCCAGCCAGCACAAGACCGCAAGCCUCUCCUACAACAUGUCUUCAAGGUGCUACACAUUAUAACCAGCGGGAAGAAGAACGGCCACUUCAGGUCCCCCAACAUUGAGGUGCUUGACUUUGAUGCUCAGGUGAAGGAGGAAGCAAGCAGGACACUGGACACUGCUGCCAGGGGGGACUCUCUCAAACGGUCCACCUUCACUCAGCCUUGUACCUCCACCAUCCAGCUAGCAGCCAAGUCUAUCACCAGCCACAUCAUGAACCACCUGUGGCACUUCCCCCUGGGUGUGGGAGCCCAACGACUUUCCUCCCUGGUAGUGGAGGGAGACGACGUGCCAGGACUCUCCAGCGACGAACUCUCCUCUGAGGUGUUCCUGUCGCCGCAUGUCCAGCUGUUUGCCCUCAAUCAGUCAUGUCUGCUGUCCCUGGUGCAGCUGCCAGCCCUGCAGGUGCCUGGGGGAGCUGCCACUGUGGGUUUCAAGACUCCAAAUUCUGAAGUGAGACUCAUCUUGCGGGACUUGUCAGGGAAGUUCUCCUGGGAUGCCUCGCUGCUCUACGCCCCGCCUGAUGAGUGUGUCCAGGAGCAGCCCAGCCAGAAGCACCCUCCUCACCCACCCCACUCCCCACACCAGCCCACACAGGCACAGAUGACACAACAGCAGCAGACCACCAUCACCUCUGUGACCACAAACUUCCAGACAGGUGCCAUCCCCUCCCCAACGGGCCUGGGGGUGCCAUUCAGCCUUGCCACAGCCCUAGACACUGGCCGGGAUGACACCAUGUCCUCCUCGCUGGUGGUGACGUCCCCACCGCGCCACACCCUGCGUCACCGCCCGCCAGGUGUGCUGCCCACCCAUGAGGACUCAGCAGAGGACCUUGACAACCUGGAUGAUCUGCUAAGUUACAUUGGUUACACAAGUCCUGAGGUGCUGGAGCAGUUUGGCCAUGCACUGAAUGAGGCUGUUGGUCCGCCACUGACUCUGCCCAUUGAGGCACAGCACGACGCCAUCUCCUCCAUCCUGAACCAGCGCAAUGUGGAGAGCGACUUCUUCACCAGACACUCCAUUGAUCCCAACAUGGUCUGCCCUAGCUCCCACUGCCCAGCCCCAGUGGAGUCCAGGUCAGCCUUCCAGUUGGGCCGUCUUCUGUUUGACCAGCUUGGCCUUGGCUCGUGGGAGAAACGGCAGUCCAUCUUUACUCUCAAGAAGAACGACAAACUUCUGCGAGAAUUGAAGAAUCUUGACAAUCAGAAAUGCCGGGAGACACACAAGAUGGCGGUGAUCUAUGUGGCUGAGGGACAGGAGGAUAAAAUGUCCAUUCUCAGUAACAGUGGAGGCUCGGCUGGCUUUGAGGAGUUUGUGGGAGGCCUGGGGUGGGAGGUGGAGCUGGCCACACACACGGGCUUCCUUGGUGGACUUCAGCGUAAUGGCUCCACGGGGGAGACGGCACCUUACUACGCCACAUCCCUGACUGAGGUGGUGUUCCAUGUGUCCACCCGCAUGCCUUCCUUCUCAGAGCAGAGCAUGCUGCAGAAGACUCGGCACCUUGGCAAUGACGAGGUGCACAUUGUCUGGUCUGAACACACGAGGGACUACCGCCGCGGCAUCAUCCCCACCGAGUUCUGUGACGUCCUCAUUGUCAUCUACCCACUGCCCAACAGACUCUACAGGAUACAGAUCUCCACUAAGUCUGAGGUUCCGUUCUUUGGGCCGCUAUUUGACGGAGCGAUUGUGGCCCACAAGGUGCUGCCUGGCCUGGUCCGCUCCACAGCUGUCAAUGCUUCCAGGGCCAAGAGGAGCCGCCUUGCACUCUAUCAAAACUUCUAUGAAGAACGUGCCAGAGCUCUCAACACCAUUAUAGAGCAGUACAGUGAGGCCACCACCUUUGAGGCGUUCAUCUCCUCUGUUUACUGCCCUGUUUUCCCCACAACCUUCGCGUCAGGACCCACUCGUGCCUCUGGGACAUCUUUCUCCUCAAGGGUGUUUGAUGCCAACACGGGCAGCACUGGCCUGGCUGCGGCACUCCUGGAUGGCCCGCAGCUGCCCCCCGGCCCCCCACAGCGACCCCCACUCACCCGCCCCACCAGCUACUCCACCGGGGAACAACACCACCUUCGGGAGAAAGCCAGAAGGGUGCGUCAGAUGCUGGGGGGCAAGCGUCACCACUCCACAGGUACUAAAGGGCCCCCCCUCACUCCACCCCAAGAAAAGAGCAACAAUAACAUAAACCACGAGGAGUGUCACUCGUGCCAGGCACUGGACAGGUGUGUGUUACUGAUGGAUCACAUGAACAGCAAUGAAGACACCGGCUCAUCUCCUCGAGGGAACAAGAAGCUCUCCUUCAAGAACACACGCAAGUCCUCAUCCAGCGUAGCCUCAGCCGGGGCCACCACCACCGCCGCUACCACCCCACCAGAAAGCCCUAUGCCACCCCCAAGGAGGCCCAAAGACAGCAGCGCACAACACGCAGCCCAGCGGAACAAGUAACAGUGCGCCUGGGCAGUGUGUGCGUGUGGAUUCCCCUUUGGCACGCAUCACACAGACACUAAGAGGUGCUGGUGAGGUACUGGUGAGGCUCUGGUGGAAUUCUGGUGCUCUGGGAGGGUUCAUUGAUGGUGACUGUAAUGUUUUCACCAGGAAUAUUAAUCUAUGGAGUAUUUAGAGAUGUAGCAAACUCAAAUGAAUAUCCAGAAAGUGGCAUGCACAUCACACCGUGUAUUUAGACACCAAGAAUAUCACUGUGAAGUAUUUAUGAAUCUUGUAGGAAACUCAACUUGUAGAAUAUCCAAAGGUGGUGUUGGAGUCCAAGAGUCUGUGGGGAAAGUUGGUCUUACUGCCAGGAAAUGCAAUACAAUUUAUUUCCCACCUGUAUAUACUUAAAACACACACACACACACACACACACACACACACACACACACACACACACACACACACACACACACACACACACACACACACACACACAUAUCUUGGUUUGCUUGUGAUAAUUAUCCUCAUCACAGACAUGCACCAGACAUCACAGUGUUAAGGAAGCAGACUCAAGCUCCCAUGGCUCAGACUAGAUGUAGUGUGAUGCAGUAAGAAAGGCUCAUUCCUCAUCUGCCUCAGCAUGUAGUGGUCAAAAAUCUGCUGGACACUCUUAUACUCUACACUCUGAUGUUAUGCUGCCAUUUGCCAAGCCAGUAACUAAAAGCCUAUAGUGACAGAUGACAGACAGGCUUAGUGGUAGAGGAAUUGCAGGACAAGACAAGUAGUACCUUCUAAUCUUGGAGAAAACUGCCACUGAAACGUGAGAUAAACUGCUAUUUCAUUUUGUUUUGUUCUGUACCACUAGUUCUGUCUGAAGCUUGUAACAUCAAGGUGCUAUAUUAACUUGAGGUAGUCACUCUUCUCUCCUUGUGGUAGGGAUAAGCAUGCAACUAUAAGGUCCACAUUCUCAAGUACCUCAGUGUCUCUUGGCUAAUUUUAAUAGGGUGUAAUAUAAAGUGGCAACAAUUUUCAGGUGUUUUUUCAUGAUUCUAGUUAUAGUUUAGCAAGAAUUCAGGGUCAUGGGUAAAUAUCAUGAAAGGCUGACCAGUUAUCUCUUUAAAAAUAGUUCAGAGGGGAAAUUGAGAGAGUUAAGAAUGUGGCCCUGACUGUCUUGGUGGGGUAGUAUUACUCUAUGCAAUACUGAAGGAGUCUGCCGGUGCAUCAACACACCAAUCAGUUCUAAUGCCUUUGUGAUUCUAGGUGAGGAUGAGCAGAGUUUUGCUUAUGUACAUACCUAAAGUUAUUGCUAUACCACUACAUAAAUGCAUCACUAUAUGGAGGACACUUUAAAACUCUCAAUAAGAAAGGUGUUAUUGUACACAUAGCUUAUUUACAGUCUUGUACAUGCUUCCAUAACAUAGUAACUUAAGUGUACCUUGCAUGGACAAGUGAGGAAAGAUACAACAAAACCAGGAAAUUCAAUCACAAUAGGAAGGGGAGUUGCAAGGGGUGUCUGGCGGCUGAAUCAAGGUGUCCCUCUGUAGUUUCCUUUGAGGGCACAGACUCGUAGUUCGUUAAUGCUUACUUUUCAUGAACAGGUGAGGAAAAAUGAAACAAGCCCAGCUAUAUCAGAAAGAGUAAGAAAGGGAGUUGCAAGGAUCCCUAUACACUGAAACUGAGGUGUCCAUUAUGUUAUUUAUUUAAGAGGACACUAAAUCGUAAGGUGUCACAUGCCUACCUUUCAUGAAGAGUUGAGGGAGAAUGAAACCUCCUCAAAAAAACAAAUCACAACAGGAAAGACUAAGGGAGUUACAAGGAUCCCUGAAACUGAGGUGUCCCUUAAGAUCAUUUCCUCAGAAGGCACAAAAUCUGUUGUCGUUCCUUCACAAAGUCUCAAAAAUGUAAAUUGCUCUCAGUGUGAAGUCUUGCAUGACAUGUGCAGAGACCCACAUGUUAAUAGGAUGCCUUAUGUACUUUCUCACUGUGAAUGAAUCGCGUUAUUAAUCUAAGUUGCAUGAGAGACUUGGGUUCUCCUGUAUCUCUUAACACAGACCGUAUCUUUAAGUGUGUUUUGCUAAGACUUGACAUCUGUGUAGCUUGUAUUUUGCACAGUGUUUUCUGUAUUAUUGAGAGCCAUCAGAGUGAAAGGGUCACUUCUCAUAUAAGUAUAUAAGCCUUUCAUCUCUCCUUCUGUCUAUACAUACAUGCAUACAUACAUACUAUGUAAUAUUAA